AUGAGCGCAGUCUACGCUGUGCUUCUUCAUGCUUUCCUUGUGGUGGCUUCGGCUGCUUCGAACGGCUCACAAGCAUGCUUGCUUCAACGUGGAGCCCAUGCCCAGGCCCUGGAAAAGCAGGUUUCGGAGUUCGCCGAGGUGCAAGAGCCCACAACCCCACCGGUGUCCCUGGUGGCUUCGGGUUCGGAGGCUUCUGAGGCCGCUGAGCAGGUGACACCGCCCAACUGCUCCACCAUCGUCAUGGGUGAUCGAUUCAUACAGCUGGGGGACUGGCGGCUGGCGGACAUGGAUGGCAAGCACUUCAGCAUCUCGCACGCCAACAAAAAAACUUCAGUCAUCUUCAGGAGAGAUGGGACGGUGCACAGUGGAUGGGGUUCGCAGGACUGGAACAGCUGGUCCCGCUCGACAGGGGAAGCGAAGGGCAUCAAAUUUGGCUUCCAGUUCAUUCAAAUUGGCAAGUGGCGAAUAGGCGCCGUCGAUGAGAAGCACCUCUCCAUGGCCCAUGAGGAUGGUGGGGUGUCGUGCGUCUGGAGGCAAGACGCCACUUUUCACUUUGGGAACCUCCCGUCGUGGUCGACCUUUGACCGAUCGGUGGGCGAAGCUGAGGGCAUCCGCUUCGGGGACCGCUUCAUCCAGAUUGGCGACUUUCGCUUUGGAGACUUGGGCGAACAAGGACAGCGCUGGUUUGGCUGGACAAACAGCAAGGGGGAGAACAUCCAGCUCUUACGCUCCGAUGGCAAGGAGUUUCACGCAGGCGGCGGCUCGAUUGCGCAAAGCGAACUGAGAAGGAAAUUCGACCUGAACGAUCGGCCCCUCUCGGCAUCCACAUGCAAAAGCCUUCCGGAGAUGGCGGAGGGCAGCUCUGAGGGCAACAGCCCCACGGAGGGCAGCGCCGAGGGCAACAGCCCCGCGGAGGGCAGCACCGAGGGCACCAGCCACACGGAGGGCAGCUUCAACACCUCAGUAGCGCCCAACUGCUCCACCAUCGUCAUGGGUGAUCGCUUCAUACAGCUGGGGGACUGGCGGCUGGCAGACAUGGAUGGCAGCCACUUGAGCAUCUCGCACGCCAACCAGCUCACGUCAGUCAUCUUCAGGAAAGACGGGACGGUGCACAGUGGAUUGGGUUCGCAGGACUGGAACAGCUGGUCCCGCUCCAGGUGGGAAGCGAAGGACAUCAAGUUUGGCUUCCAGUUCAUUCAAAUUGGCAAGUGGCGAAUAGGCGCCGUCGAUGAGAAGCACCUCUCUAUGGCUCAUGAGGAUGGUGGGGUGUCGUGCGUCUGGAGGCAAGACGCCACUUUUCACUUGGGGAACCUCCCGUCGUGGUCGACCUUUGACAGAUCGGUGGGCGAAGCUGAGGGCAUCCGCUUCGGGGACCGCUUCAUCCAGAUUGGCGACUUUCGCUUUGGAGACCUGGGCGAACACGGAAAAGACUUUUUCGGCUGGACAAAUCGCAAGGGGGAGAACAUCCAGCUCUUGCGCUCCGAUGGCAAGGAGAUUCACCCAGGCGGCUCGUUUGGGCAAAGCGAACUGAGAAGGAAAUUCGACCUGAACGAUCGGCCCCUCUCGGCAUCCACAUGCAAGAGCCUUCCGGAGAUGGCCGACGGCCCCCAGGCAGCAGAACGUGGUUGCUUGCCGCCGACCACGUUCUCAGGCUCUGCCGAUGGUAUUCCUGACAACUACAGAGGCUGGUAUGAUGUGCAGGGCUGUGGUCAGUGCUGGGAUUACUGCCGCUGGGCGGGCAAUUCCGGCUCAGGGGGAGAUCCCCAGUCCAAGCUCAGCUUCAAGCAAUCUUGGUGGAGUUGCAGGCUUGCAGGAACCUCUAGUGCCCAGUCCCCAAAUGGAACGUUUCAGUCCUGGAACUUCGAAAGAUGUUCGGGUGAGGCUGCAAUCGCGCCUUCGCCAUCGCCUCCACCAACACCCUAUGUUCCUGGUGAACCUGGUGCGGCCUGGACAGCUCAGGAAGUCGCAGUUGUGAAAGCAAAGCUCCAAACCAUGAUGCUGGAUCCCGGCAGAGCCAUGGCAGAGGCUGACUUCCCGAUAGCAGUCUCGCAUCGCUAUGAACCGAACCCUGCCAAGGUCUUGCGUCUUGCUUUCCAUGACUGCAUGAAGUACAAAGACGGUACUGGCGGCUGCGACGGCUGUCUGGAUUGGUGGGGAGUCGGUCGUCGCUCAGUGUACGCUGACGACGGCCACAACAAUGGACUUUACGUCGUUGCUGAGUGUCUCGAGCACAUCUACACCUGGAGAGACUACCCGCGCGGUACUCCUCUCCUGAAUGUCUCCCUGCAAAACUCCAAUAAGUCUCGCGCAGAUUUAUGGGCCCUCGCAGGCAUGGUGGCUGUGGAGGCCGCCAUGUACAUAAACAACCUGGUUUGUGAUGCUGAUCACUUUGGUGCUCAUGGUCAAUUCAAUACUCGCUGGAAUCAUUCAGAUUGCAGGGCUACGGCACCACGGAGCUUCGUCUUCAAGACAGGCCGCCGAGACUGUUCCGGACAUCCGUUUACGGAGCCUUUCGAGCCUGCACUGAAGGGAAUCAAAAGGAGGGGCUACAUGACGAGCAAGCGUGAAUCCCACCCUGAUCCGCAUGCAGAUGCCAAGAAGACCACAGACUACUUCAAGAAAGACUUUGAUUUCAACGAGCGGGAGGUCGUAGCAAUCAUGGGUGCCCACACGAUAGGAACUUUCCAUGUGGAAAUUGCCGGCUUCAAGUAUAACUGGAAAUUCUCCCACAGGAUGUUCAACAACGGUUACUACCGGCUCCUUUCCCUGAAGCAUGACUGGGCCCCAACCGGCAUUGCCGUGAACGGCAAGAGGCUCCACUACAAAGACAUCCAUGGCAACUAUCCUGGUGGGUCAUGGGUUGCCGAGGUGUGGCAUCAACCGCGCGCUGGGGGGGGCCAGGUGAGGCGAUGGCAAGUGCUGAAGAAGAAGAGGGCCUGCACUCCUUGCGAUGCCCCUCCUGGCGAUGGUUGGUGGAGCAAGUCGUCAGUUAUUGCACGUGGGCUGAACCACCAAAAAUGUUGCACUAACUUGGAAGAGGGGAAGUUCUGCAAAUCGGAAUGUGUGAAAAGCUUCGAUGAUGCAGGCAUUCAUGAAUCGAUGCUGGCCAGCGACAUCGGUUUGCGCUAUCCGAUUACUCUAGCCAAUGACGGGUUGCCGCGAGGCUGUACAGGGGGUAUCACAGGCCCCAUAUACUGCUGGGAUAAGAUCACCCCCAUCACGGGCGACAUUGUCGAAGAGUUUGCAGGCAACCAGACUUCCUGGCUGGCGGACUUCUUCGACGCAUAUGAGAAGAUGGUGUCCAAUGGCUAUGCUGCUGACGAGCUAACUGAGGCACUCGCAGACCCCUUCACCGAAGGUGAGUGGCCAAUGCUGAGAGCUUCGGUGCGGAAGCCACAGGAAUCCCAUGAUGCUUGA